AUGACAGUCAUCAACCUCUACGUCAUUAACCACGAGAUCGAGCAGAUCGUACUGGAGCUGCCCGACCAAGACCAGCUGUUCCGAGGCCACCGCUUCGACGACGUCAAAGACGACCACCUCGGUAACGAGUACUGCAACAUGCGUGGCGCCGAGAGCUCAAAGGUUAGAAACUUGUAUAUCGACAUGAGGACGCUGGAGAGCCUGGUGCAGGCAUCUUGGGCUUGA